AAGCUCCGCCGUGAUUCAGCUGACAAUGUUUCUCCGUUCACCCCCUCAGCCUUAGUUCCGAGCUACUCUUAGUACAUCAUUUCUUAAGAUUUUUUCUCCAGUAACCGGACUGCUGCCGAGUUUUGAGACGUCUCAGAAAGUGCUCCCGUGGCUGGACUGUUGCUCCCUAAUUCGCUCGGUCUUCGGCCGAUUUACACUCCAGUGUAGAAUGGGGACAUCUCGAGGCAGUACUUCAUAGUGUUAAGAAAAUGAGAAGUUUUUUUUGUUCAGACGAAAAGGGCUAGCAAUUUGAUUUCCGUUACCAUGCCUGGACUUCGCACAUUUCUCGUGAACAGUAUGGUUUCGCAGCAGUCAUUCUCAAUGGGCCAUUCCUCGCUCGUGCGACGGUCGCUUCUGCCUCUGCUGCUGCUCGCGCUGUCACUCGGCGGAUUAAGAGUGUCAGCUUCUUCCCGGCCUAUAGUGAUCGGUCGCAGGGGCGCCAUGGGGCCCAUGCCUGAGAGCACCCUGGAGGGAUACGAUAGGGCGAUCGCCGAUGGGGCGGACUAUGUGGAGUGCAACGUGAUCUGCACGGCGGACUUGGAGCUGAUUUGUUGGAACGACUUGGACCUGUCGCUGGUGACCAACGUGGUGCACCACCCGGAGCUGAGUCAACUCAAGUCAACGGCGGUCAUCGAGGGGCAGGAGAUGCAGGGCUUCUUCGCCUUCAACUUCACGCUCCAGCAGAUCCAGAUCCUCCGAGUGGAGCAGCGCUACCAGUGGCGAGACAAGACGCUGCACGGCCGCCUGCCCAUCCCCACGCUCGCUGCUGUGCUCGCUCUAGUGCUCUCCGCCAACCAGAGCCCGUCACUGCUCGCCGCUAGAGGCAACCGCCCUGUGGGGCUCAUCCUAGAGCCAAGACACCCCGACUUCCAUGCGUCUAUUGGCUGCCCUCUCCUCGAGCAGCUGCUGGAACUCCUCAGCGCCAACAACCUGCAGCCUCCGCCCCGCCCCUCCAACCCCUUCACCGCCCUCAACCCUUCCUCCAGCCUUUCUUCCUCCUCUCUCUCACUGGCUGACAGUCUAGCAAGCCUCAAGGCUGCUGCUACAGCCGGUGCUACAGCUGGUGGUGCGACAGCUGCUGCUACGGCCGGUGCUACAGCUGGGGGGCGUAUCGUUCUGGAUCCAGCAGUGCACCCGGUGGUAAUAGAGGCGAGGAGCGCUGCUGCCCUGAUCUACUGCAGCCAGCGCACCUCGAUUCCCCUCGUGCAGAUACUGGAGGAGGGGUGGGACGAGCCAUCAGACACAAACCCCAUUAUGCAGGCCCCUCCCUCCUCCUGCCCACCCACCACCUCUCUCCGCACCUGCAUUCUGGAUGCUGUCGCCCUCUAUGCGGUGGCAAUCGCCCCGGAGAAGCGCCUGGUGCUGCCGGUGGAGGCAUGGCACAAGAAGCUGCUCAACCAGACAGACCUCAUGGCCUUGGCGCACCACCCCUCUCGCCAGCUUGCAGUCUUGCCCUGGACCUUUGCAAACGACUGGAUCUUCCUCUCCCUCAGCUACGAGUUGGACCCUCUCAACGAGUACGCCAUGUUCGUUGACACAGUGGGAGUGGAUGGGCUCUUCUCUGACUUCCCUGCGACGGCCCUCAAAUACCUCCAUUCUCGUGACUGCCUGGCAUUUGCGCCUGGAGUUCUGGGCGUGUUUGUUGCGCCACCGAGGAAGCGAGGCCUGGCAGACCUCCUGCUCCUCACCGCCAUCAUCAUCAUCGCCAUCCUCCCCAUGGCUUUGGGAACGCUCUACGCCAUCCUCAAGUGGCGGCAGACGGAGCAGCACCUGCACUGGCAGGAGUUCGCCACCUUCCACUCCCACGGCCCCACCACCGCCUCCGAGAGACAACCCCUCACUGGCUCUGCUGCUGACGCUACCUUAGACCCUUUCUCUGGUGAUGCUGCUGGUGCUGGUGGUGGGGGUGACACUAGCCCUUCCGCCUUAUUCUCCCCGCGCCCCCUUGCCCCGCACCAUCGCCCGUCCUCUCCCCCACCGUUCCCACCCGCCCUUGGAGGGGUGGAUGACGGGCCAGCGUCGUCGUCCGCAGUGGCGGGCGGUGGGAGGUCUAGAGGCGGCAGGCGGAUCAGGGCCAUGGAUUUUGGUGAGGAGGACUGGUAGCUGCGAUGGUGGACGGUGGAUCAUCAGCAUUGCCAGCAGCAGCAGCAGCAGCAGCAGCAGCAUCGUCAUAAGCAAGGGUGGCUGGCAGGAGGUUCAGUGGCAGCAGGAGGAUCAGGGGGACGGAUUUUGGAGAGGACUGAUAGCCGUGAUGGGAGAGGCAUCGUCACCAUCAUCGUCAUCACCAGUGGUGGGAGAUCCGAACCCGAAGCUACUGGAGCCAUAGGUUGAUGGCAAGUGGAUGCCAUGUGAUGCAAUAUUCGAAUCACUCAUGGAUCAGUGCUUGGCUAUCUGUCCUGUAAAUUGCAUAUUGCGCUCAACUUAAGCAACGGCAACGCCACUCUUCCUACUGAUAUGACCACACGAGUGCCGACACAAU